AUGCAACCUGGUGUUGAUGGAGGGAUUGAACGCACAGACAUUCGCAUCGGCGGGCCUAUAUUGGCCAGCGAACGAAAAUAUAUUGUAACGGCUCACCCGAACACGACCGAUUGCCGGUCGGUACGAAGCGCGAAAAAUGGUGCUAAUUUAAAUCUCCUCUCAGCUCCUGUUUUCGUGUCUGUUUAUUCGCUUUCAUUAUACAUGUAA